UAUACAACUAAAAAAUAUCAAAAUUGACUUUCGUUAGUCAUCCCACUUUUGUUAUUGUGUAUUGGACUUAAUGAAGUUUUGGGGUUUCACCAAAGAUAGGAUUUUAGUAUAAUAAACAGACAUAACAAACAGAUGCAUUAUCCACUUCCUUCCACUAAUAGUAGAAUGGUAUCUUGCUAUUAAUCUCUGAAAACAAACAAAUUAUUAAUAUUUCAUCAAGAUGUUAUUAGACGCUCGGAAUAAAUGUUUGUCUGAGAAUUCAAGUCUAAGUUUCGAUGAAGCUUGCUUGGAUGUCAUUAAUACCCUCAAUGAAACAAUUUCAAUUUAUGGUCAGUAUACUGAGUGCCACAAGUGUAAUUUCCAAAAUCUUACAACUCUUAAACCUGGAAAUACUACUUCAUUACUUUUCAAUACUGUUUAUCCAACCGAAUUAUUUUAUAGGAUAAACAAUAAUAGUAUGGAAAAGUGCAGGUUUCAAAAAACAUUGUAUGAGCAUUAUAGUUAUGGAUGGAAUAUUACGGUUGAAUGUGAUCCUAUUUAUAUUAAGGAACCAGCGGAAAAUUCGUUUCUCCCAAUUCUCACUGCGUUUAUUGUCCUAUUUUGUUUUGGUACACUGUGGUAUAUGGUGAAAUGUAUUUACAAAAAUUCUGGAAGACUGAGAAGAUAUUUGAACCUGAGUAAUGAAGUGGAGAAUGAUCUCGGUGAAACCUCUGGAUCCAUUCUGAUUAUGCCAAAAGCUCCAACAAUAAAGAAACAUCCUAAUAGGAUAAAAUCAAUUGACGUUUUUCGGGGACUAUGUAUUGUAGUAAUGAUAUUCGUUAACUAUGGAGGUGGAAAGUAUUGGUUUUUCAGUCAUUCUAUUUGGAAUGGUUUGACUUUAGCUGAUCUAGUAUUCCCUUGGUUCAUGUGGAUAAUGGGAAUGUCGCUGGCCAUUUCCCUUGAGAAAAAACUUAGACAUGCUGUUCCUAGACGUUUAUUAUUUUUUCUGAUUGUGAGAAGAUCUUUAAUUUUGAUUUUGCUGGGUAUCGUCAUAAAUUCUAAUCAUAAUCCGUCGACAGUUGCUGAAUUACGUUAUCCAGGAGUUUUGCAGCGUUUAGGAAUCACAUACCUUAUCAUUGGCUUGAUUGAAGUCGCAUUCAAAAAGAGAAUUGAGGAAGAACAAACAUCCCGGUUCAAAGAUAUCUUACCAUUUUGGAUGCCUAUGUCCCUGAUUGUUGUAUGCCUUGUGAUACAUACAUGCAUCACUUUCUUCGUAAAUGUGCCAGGUUGUGGUGAAGGCUAUCUCGGACCUGGAGGAUUAGAUGAGGGUGGUAAAUAUUUGAAUUGUACAGGUGGAGUAGCUGGCUACAUUGAUAGAUACAUCUUUGGUGAACACAUAUAUAAAGCACCGAUUAAACUCUAUGAAACAACGCAGCACUAUGAUCCUGAAGGACUUUUAGGAAUUCUAACUUCCUUAUUCAUUGUGUAUAUGGGUGUACAAGCUGGACGAAUUUUGAAUAUUUACGCAACAGUCAAGGAUAAAGUUAUUAGAUGGCUUGUUUGGGGAGCUGUUACGCUCAUACUUGGUCUUAUUCUUUGUGGUUUUAAAGAAAAUGACGGGCUGAUUCCAGUAAACAAAAAACUAUGGUCUCUUUCCUUUGUACUCAUCCUUUCCGGACUAGCGUUUUUCCUGCAAACAUUUUUAUUUUUGGUUGUAGAUAUCUACAGAAAAUGGGGCGGCAGGCCUCUGUUUUACCCAGGAAUGAACUCUCUAUUUUUAUAUAUUGGCCAUGAACUUUUUAAAAAUACUUUCCCAUUUGGGUGGAAACCUGUAAUUUCUACCCAUGGUACAUUUUUAUUCAUGAAUUUAUGGGGCACCUUCCUAUGGGUAGCCAUAUCUAUCUUUCUAUAUAAACAUAACAUAUUCUUUUCUAUUUAGAUUUAGUAAAGAAAAAUAUAUCUUAAAUAUCACGAAAUAUAUUGUAAUGAAUAAUGAAUAUUAUGACCAAAAUCAGCAUAAAUGUGGUGAUAUUCAUUAUUUUGAUACUAUUGUUUUAACAUUCAAUUGACUUGAUACUUUGUAGCUAACAUUGGUCAUUUUUCAUUAUUCUUAACUAUUAUUGCUGUUAUUCAAAUUUCAUAUUAUUCGAAUACUUAUAUAUUCUAGACUGAAUUUAGGUUAUGCUUAGAGCCAAAUUUGUUGAGAUUUUAUUUUAUGUAUUUUUCAAAGAAUUGAACUAUUUAAUAAAUAUUGUUAUAAAUCA